AUGCCAGAUUCGAACUAUUAUGCCGCGAGCGCAAGCUCACCAACGUUCUCGAAAGCGAAAUUGCCGUUCUCCUGGCCAUCGAUAUUAAAUCCUAUACCUCGCAGGUAUCGCCGCCGACUGAGGUCGAAGUUCCGCUCCGCAAUCUCCCCAGCAUCCUCCAUCGCAAAGAUCGAAACAUCCUUUGAUCCUCGAGACACCAUAAAAGCGUUAAGACAGCAUCGGUGGUCAUAUUAUGACGGGCAAUAUUUGUUCCUGAUUAUUCUCGCCAUUUUCUCGCUCUCCAUAAGCCAGGCGCCAGGGCCUUUAAUGAAAUGUUUUGCAGCGACGGCGCUUAUGGCAGCUCUGCUCGUACCAAUAACGAGACAGUUUUUCUUGCCUGCACUUCCCAUUUUAUCAUGGGUGUUUCUCUUUUUCAAUGCUCGAUUUAUUCCUGCUGAAUACCGACCUCAUAUUUGGGUCAAGGUUCUGCCAGCCCUGGAAAAUGUGUUUUACGGUGCGAACUUGAGCAAUAUCCUAUCCGCGCACACGCAUUGGAUUUUGGAUCUGCUAGCUUGGUUGCCAUAUGGAAUUUUGCAUUUUGGUGGACCAUUCGUUUGGGCAGCUCUCAUGUUCCUUUUUGGUCCUCCGGGUGUUCUCCCUGUUUAUGGACGUACUUUCGGGUAUGUCAAUAUUACAGGCGUGAUCAUUCAGUUGAUCUUCCCUUGUUCUGCACCGUGGUAUGAGAACAUGUACGGACUUGCACCCGCCAAUUACUCCAUGGAAGGGUCUCCCGCUGGUCUUGCGCGAAUUGACAAGCUCUUCGGUAUCGAUAUGUACACCACAAACUUUACUGCGUCUCCUCUCGUCUUCGGCGCCUUCCCGUCCUUACACGCUGGAAACGCUGUCUUGGAAGCUCUUUUCAUGAUGCACUGCUUCCCAAAGCUCAAGCCAUUUGUUAUCGCAUACGCAAUGUGGAUGUGGUGGGCAACGAUGUACCUGUCUCAUCAUUAUGCUGUCGAUUUAGUUGGCGGUGCCUUCCUCGCCUCGAUCGCCUUUUACAUCGCAAAGACGAACUUCCUACCAAGAAUUCAACCCGACAAAUUCUUCCGAUGGCACUACGAUUACGUCGAGGCCGGAGAUGCGCCAAUGAACGAUGGUUAUGAGUAUGGUUUAACUGUACUCGAUUUCAACCACGACAGCGGUGAUGAAUGGACUAUCGGCUCUUCGUCAUCCAUAUCAUCCGGCUCAAGGAGUCCAGUCGAUGACGGGCAAUCCUCAUGGGAAGGGGAGACUUUAGCUUCUCAAAUAUCAGACAGCGAACUCGGCGAUGUCAUUCCGCGAUAG